AUGGAUUCAGCAGCUGAUCAACGACUCAAAAAAAUCAAGAACAAACAGACGCGGCAGAAGCUAUAUGCUAAACUCAAAGCACAAAGGGACAAGGAUCGUCACAAGCUACGUUCUGAGAGAUCCAAGGACGAACGUGCUAACCCAGAGUUGAGAGAGCAGCGUCUUGCGGAAAAUGUACCCGAUACACUUGAAAAUCAGAGAACGUAUGACGAAACAGUGGGAGCUGAGUUGGAAGGUGAAGAUGAGUUUGAGAGUUUUUUUUCAGUUGACAAAGAUCCCAAGAUUUUGCUCACAACUAAUGAGAAGGCGAAGAAGAUUGCGUAUGAAUUUGCUGACUUGCUAAUGGACUUUUUACCUAAUACCACGUUUGUGAAACGCAAGCCUGGCUAUACAAUGAAAGAUAUUGCUGAGUACGCCUCAAAUCGGGAAUUCACCCACUUGAUCGUUAUCGAUGAGGACAAAAAGAAAAUCAAUGGUAUGACCUUUAUUCAUUUGCCUGCAGGACCUACAUUCUACUUCAGUGUUACUCUGGUUGUUGACACCAACGACAUACAUGGCCAUGGCAGAGCUACCGACCACACCCCAGAAUUGGUUCUUAAUAACUUCACUACUCGUUUGGGUCGUACAGUGGGAAGAUUGUUUCAGCUGAUUUUCCCAGCCCAUCCUGAGCUAGUUGGCCGUCAAGUUCUUACAAUGCAUAAUCAACGUGAUUACAUCUUUUUCCGGCGUCAUCGGUACGUGUUCCGCAAUGAGGAAAAAGUUGGUUUACAAGAAUUGGGGCCCCAAUUCACGUUGAAGUUACGACGCAUGCAGAAGGGUAUCAGAGGUGAAACCGUAUGGGAGCAUCGUCCCGACAUGGAGAAGGACAAAAGAAAGUUCUACUUGUAG